UGAGGAGAAGAAGGCGAGAUUGCAGAGUGGUUGAGUGUUGAGAGAAAGAAAAAGAAAAAGAGGAUGGGCGCAGAAGCAAAUGGCGGCGACAGCCAACUCAAAUUUCUGAUCUACGGUCGUACCGGUUGGAUUGGUGGUUUACUCGGUAAGCUCUGCCAAGAGAGAGGGAUCCACUAUGAGUACGGAACCGGCAGGCUCGAGAACCGGUUGUCGUUGGAAGCGGACAUAACGGAGGUCAAGCCCACCCACGUGUUCAACGCCGCCGGAGUCACCGGUAGACCCAAUGUGGACUGGUGUGAAUCGCACAAGGUCGAAACCAUCCGCACCAACGUCGUCGGAACUCUCACCCUCGCCGACGUCUGCCGCCAGCGCCGCCUCAUCCUCAUCAACUACGCCACCGGCUGCAUCUUCGAGUACGACUCCUCCCACACCCUCGGAUCCGGCAUCGGAUUCAAGGAAGACGACACUCCCAAUUUCACCGGAUCCUUCUACUCCAAGACCAAAGCCAUGGUGGAAGAUCUGCUGCGGAACUACGAGAACGUGUGCACGCUGCGCGUGCGGAUGCCGAUUUCCUCGGAUUUGUCGAACCCGCGUAACUUCAUAACUAAGAUCACUCGAUACGACAAGGUUGUCGACAUUCCGAACUCGAUGACCAUAUUGGACGAGCUUCUCCCACUUUCUCUGGAGAUGGCGAAGAGGAAUCUGACUGGGAUCUGGAAUUUCACGAACCCUGGAGUGGUGAGCCACAACGAGAUUCUUCAAAUGUACAAGGAAUACGUGGAUCCAGAUUUCACGUGGAACAACUUCACUCUGGAGGAGCAGGCUAAGGUCAUUGUUGCGCCCCGAAGCAACAACGAGCUUGACGCUUCCAAGUUGAAGAAGGAGUUUCCUCAGUUAUUGUCCAUCAAGGACUCCCUCGUUAAGUACGUGUUUCAGCCCAAUCGCAAAAACUGAAAAACCCUCUCUACCUUCUUCAAUUCAGAUUCUCUGCAUUUUUAAUCUUAUCUUUCUGUUUACUACAUUAUAAUAAAUUACUUCCAGUGUUCAAUUCUUGCAUCA